UGAAUUCGCUCCACAGGCUGUCGAUCUCAAAUUCUAAAUAGCACGCUGGAAACACUCAGAGGACAUCAUGGCUGUUUCAAAGAGAGUGAAAUUUUCAGUGGUUACUCUAAUUAUUCAGAUCGUUUUCAUCGUCAUUUACACCAUAUUUGUUGACUACGAAGAUUCCGCGGAUCCGACGAAUCCCAAUAAGGAUUAUCCAACACCUAAGUACUAUCCGAUGUUUCAGGAUGUCCAUGUUAUGAUAUUUGUGGGGUUCGGUUUUCUCUACACAUUCCUACAGCGUUAUGGGUACUCAGGUCCGGGAUACAACAUCCUACUGGGGGCUGUAGCAGUCCAGUGGACCCUCAUAGUCAGGGCGCUGUUCUUUCACGACCUCGCCUCCGGAGGUCGCGUCAAGAUGUCCCCUACUGAAAUGAUUAGCGGCGACUUCAAUGCAGCCACGGUACUGAUCUCGUUCGGGGCUCUCAUCGGAAAGACUGGCCCCCUACAGCUUUUGGUCAUGGUAGUUUUGGAAGUUGUCUUCGCUAACCUCAACGAGUAUAUUGGAACAGAACACCUAAAGGUGAGCGAUAUUGGUGGCUCUAUGUUUAUACACGCGUUCGGAGCCUACUUUGGACUAGCUGUGUCACGUGUCUUAUACAAACACUCACACAAGACCUCAGCCAGCCUCCGUACCGGGUACCUGUCCGACAUCUUUGCUCUGAUUGGUACCAUUUUUCUGUGGUGUUUCUGGCCUAGUUUUAACGCUGGUUUAGCCUCGGAGGAUGGCAGACUUCGAGCGGUCAUCAACACCUUCUCCUCACUUCUCGCCUGUGUUGUGGUUACCAUGGCAAUCUCCUCCAUGCUUAGUCGACGAGGCAACUUCGAUAUUAGUCAUCUACAAAAUGCUUCACUUGCUGGUGGCGUGGCUGUUGGCACAUGCGCAAACAUGCCAAUCAAACCAGGGGGAGCCAUGGUGCUCGGAUCGGUAGCUGCCAUCAUUUCAACGCUAGGGUAUAAAUACGGCAGUGAUAUAUUGGCCUCCAGAUUGAAAGUCCACGACCCGGCAGGUAUAAAUAAUUUACACGGCAUGCCGGGAGUGUUAGCAGCUUUUGGUGGAGCGGCCAUGGCAGCAUUAGCGACAAAGGACAACUUUGGUGACAGUCUCUACGUCAUCUUUCCUGCCCGGGCCCAUAAUACCAUUAAUGGAACUUUGUAUCCCGAGGGUCGGUCUGCCAACGAGCAGGGAGGAUAUCAGGUGGCGGCCCUCGUGACAACCCUGACGAUAGCUAUAGUCGGGGGUCUAAUAACAGGGCUUGUGAUGCGUAUCCCGAUCUGGGAUGACCCCGAGGAUGAGUUCCUGUAUGACGACAGAGAUUACUGGGAAAUUUCGGAUCAUGGCUUCCCUAGCGACCUCAGUGAAGUUCGACCCUUGACUACUGAUGGAGAGAUGCUGAGGAACUCCACUAAUGGUGAUGAAAUGUAGCACGACAUUUGAGACUUGUUGGAGACGAUGUUCAAACUAAACUGUUCUAUUGCUAUAUAAUAUAUACAUAUAAAUUAAUAACCGUCAAGAAGACAGCGUUUUUUUACGUUCCCUACUCAACUAGAUGUAAUAUAUGUUAGCUUUAGUUAUUUUACAGCAAUUGUAAAACAAAUUAUAGCAGUUUAUAUUAAUCACGCUUGUUUACCCAGAUAGAAGCCAGCGAGGUGUCCUUAUAGUAUGUCCAUCCUCAGUGAUCGCUACUGUACAUGUAUGUGUGGACUUAAAUUUGGCGAGAUACACUACCUCAUUAAAUUUUCUGAUUUCUUAACAAUAUGGCUGAUACAUUAAAUAGUACAACCGGAGCUUGGUCCGGACGCAUCAUUAACGAGGUCAUAUUUCUUUCAGCCUGUAGGACACCCCAUUACACAUGUUUAACUGUCCAAAUGUGCUUCAAUAUCAACCAUAUUUAGAAGGCACUUCCCUAUUGACAUAGUUAUCUACAUUAAUCUCUAAUGGCUAAUUCUACAUGUACAUGAUUGAUAUUGUAGAUUAUCACGCUCACGUGCUUGUUUUACAUUUUUACAAAUUUAUUAAAUAUAUACAUGUAUACAUACGAAGAAAAAUAUUUUCUUAUAUUUUAUUGCAUAUUAUAUACUUUAUUAAAGAAUAAACUACUUUUGUUGUUUCUAAUGUUAUCAAUAUUACAAAAUGGAUUCCAUCGUGAUAUACAUGUAUACGACAGCGUUCUCGAGAUGUCACAUUUUGGUAAAUAGCCAUGUUGCGCUGGUGUUUUGUGUGUGCUUAUACCUAUUUUAAACUACUGCAAACAUUUCAAACAAAUAAAACACCAUGUUCUCUUUUGAAUGAAUCAGAAUAAACAUUUCAUACCUGGAAUAUUUAAAUAUAUAAUAAUUGUGUAGUAAUUGUGGCCUUUUUAAAGUCGUGUGAUUACAUUUGUCAGUAUACAAUUAUAGAUUUGGUUUGGGUACGUGUACCCUAUCUAUUGCUAUUCCAGUAAAUUUUAGAUACAUUUUAAUUUUAAGAGUUUGUGUAAAUCUAUAAAAGAUUUAGUUAACGUUUGAUAAAAGCAAAAUGUAGGACGUUGAUGAGGGAUUGCAUCAUGGGAAAUAAAUACCUUGGUUUAAGCAAGCUAUUUUGAAUUACUCAUUUUUAAAAAUUCUAAACCAUCAAACUAGUGUAAACCUAAUACAUGUAAUUCUUGGCGCGCUCAAAUUUUUGCGCAUUGCUAAUUUUUAACAAAUCGAAGUGAUUAAUUAGCGCACAAAUAUUAGUUGUUAUAGAAAUAGUCAAAAGAAAGUGUAAUAAGCGCAAUCAAAAUUAAGCGCAAUGUUUAAGCUCGAAAAUCUCGAAAAUAAUAUUACUGCUGAAAAUUGUAUGUCUGCAGUAUAUCACCUUACACAUUGAUUCGUCUAGUAUAGCCACUAUGUUAUCGGUGUAUCGGUCUCUCGCUGUUAUUUGCUUACGUACGUAGGGCUAAAAACUAGAACGUUCCGAAAGGUCAUAAUAUAUAACGCUAUCAACGGAAGUAUGUAAAUACCCUUAGUGAAUGUACAUGUAAGGUCGUACACACAGUAAACAGCGAACUAGGACAACCAUAUAUCGGGUCACACCACAGGGACAAAAAUGGCGUCCGGGUUGUCGCCUCGUCUGCUAUCGCUUCUAAAGUUUAGGCUUGCUGUCACUGUUUCAGCAUCCAUAUUUUUCAUCAUUGGAGGAUAUUACAAGUUUCCGUUUGCCCUCCCAGUUAUGACUUCCACUUCUGAAAAACUGAUCUUCACGAUGCGAUGUCAACUGUUUGGGGCCUUAACAUUGUUUAUGGGUAUUCAUGGUGUCGGAGGAGUUCGGGCAAAGUCGGACGCCGCGAGUGACCCAAUCAGAGGGAAUGGUGAACAUCUCGUCUAUGUACCGAAGAGAAUUCUACAAAAUACUGUAGAACAGUUCGUCUUCCAUUUCAUCGGUCAGCUCGUCUUAUGUACCUAUCUGUCAUCGGAGGCGAUGAAAAUCAUCCCCGUUCUCGUCGCCCUAUUUGUCAUCGCCAGAAUUGUUUACCAGAUCACCUACAAGAUAGAUGCCAUGUUGCGGAUAUAUGGAUUUAUGAGUACGUUUGUUCCCACUGUUGGGGUUUAUGCUUACUGCUUGUAUUGCUUCCUCACACAGUAGUACAGAUUGUACUUUAAUUCUGACAAUCUGACGAGGAGAUUAAGUGUGAUGUUGUGUAUGAUUGGACCAAAGAGCAUAGUAUCAGCUGUCUGAGUACACUGACAUUGAUACAAGAAGGAAAAGACAAAGAGGAAAUCCGUCAAACUUCAAACUUCCAAACUUUGUUUCAUUUCUCUUCACAAAAUUUGAUGCACAGAGAAAAAUAUUUUUACAACGAAGCAAAUUUGAUACAUGUGGAGGACAGAUGAGGAGACUUUUCGAAAAAUAAUUUAUAAAUUUCAUGAUGUUUAUGUGUUUUUAGAUCAUCCAGAAAUCGACGAUAACUAAGAUGUUAUUUACGAGAUAAUGGUAUAAUUAAUACGAAGCUGAGUGCAAUUUAUAUAGCAUUGAAUUAAUAGGGAGGUAUCUUUGUUACGAAUACUUUAUAACGUUAAUUGAGAGAACAUCCAGAAAUUGAAGAUAUUCAUUUUACACCGUUUUCAAAGAUAACGAUAAGGUCGUUGUAUUUACGUUAUAAUUUAUACGAAGCUGUGUACAAUUUAUAUGGCAUGGAGUUAAAAGGGCA